AUGUUCGGUGCUCAACAAAUCAUAGCCCUAAUCGGGUUACUCAACAAUACUCUGGACCCAAAAUACGAGGUCGCCCUCAUAUAUAUCAACCUCCAAUGCCCAUCAUUCCUUUCCUCAUCCUCUGAAACUCCUGAAACCACCAAACACAACACAACAACUAUGGCAACUGAAAUCAUCCUAUACGACCUAGCCUGCACAAAGGGCGUGUGCUUCUCCCCAUAUGUCUGGAAAGUCCGCAUGAUGCUAAAUCUCAAACGUAUCCCCUAUAAGACCAUCUUCCUCGAGUUCCCAGACAUCGAGUGGACGUUGAAACCGCUCGUCCCGCCUCCCACCGGUGGCAGCACCAGAUACACUGUCCCAGCAGUCCAGCACAUUCCCAGUAAUACCUAUAUCAUGGACUCAGCGCAGAUCGCCCCGUUCCUCGAGGCAACAUACCCCGAUCCUCCAAUCCAACAAACAUCUGAGCUGGGCCGAACCAUUGAAGAACAGUUCGGCUCCGUGGUCGGGGGGCCACUCGGCGCCAUGAUGAUACCGCGAGAGAUGAAUAUCCUUUCACCCUGCGCGCAGGAGUAUUUCCGGCAGUCGCGCGAGGCGUAUCUCGGGCAUAAACUGGAGGAUUUACUCAAGGAUUCUGAGGAGGAGGAGCGGGGAUGGAGGGCAGUAAGUGGGCAGAUGACUGCUCUCAGUGAAUUGAUGAGGACGAACAGGGACUUUGGACCAUUUGUGCUGGGAUCGAAACCGAGUCUCACGGAUUUCUUCAUUGCUGGGUCAAUGCAGACCGCAAGAGUGGUGGACGAGGGGGUGUUUCUGAGGGUUGCGGCGUAUGAUGGAUUCAAGCGUGUGUAUGAGGCUUGUUCGCCGUAUAUGGAGAGAAAUGACUGA